UAUAUAUAUAUAUAUUGGGGAAUGCCAGUAGUCCAUCAAUCAUCGAUGUUACUUUUUGCAACCCUGGACUCACAGGCAACAGGAAUUGGAUAGUGCGCGAGGAGUAUUCCAACAGGGACAAUGGAGCGAUCCGGUACCGCAUUGAGAAAACACAGUUUGAAUCAGCUUUGACAAGGACGUAUUCGUCGAAGCACGUAGGUGUGCGCCGCCCAGUAUAUUGGUGGAAACCGUCCAUCGCCGAUCUACGUGUAAAUUAUCUCCGAAUCAGAAGAAGAAGUCAGAGAGUUCGAAUUGACACCGAAAGGAAGGGACAAAAAUUAGGGUGCAAUGUUGCAAGAACCGCUCUCAACAAAGCAAUCAAAGUUAAGCUAGAGAACCUGCUUUGAAGAGCUUUGCAACUAAGCCAACGCGAAUCAUCACCCUACAGGGUUGCCAUUGCCAAGAUAAAAGGCCCAGCUGUACCACCUAAAAGGAACCCGGCGAAGCUAAAGGCCACCAUUGCAGGGCUUUUCUCACAAUAAACCAACAAUCUUGCCGUUUCCUCCUUACACUAAGGAUGAUUAUGAAGAAGAAGCCAAAAUAACCAACGAAGAGCGUGUCGAGACAUCGAAAGCCAUAAAAAUGAAAAAAGUCCAAAGACCAGACGAAAUCCCAAACCUGGCUUUGAAAACAGCCAUACUGGAGAUACUGCAGAACUGCAUAGAUGAAGGCAGCUUCUACGAUAACUGGAAACGGGGAAAAUCUCCCGGAGAUUCUUUAGCGUAUAGGCCAAUUAAUCUGAUCGAUACAGUCGUCAAACUCAAGAAUCAAAAGAUGUUGGCUUAAAUUGUAUGUAGUCGGGGAUAUGUGCCAUGCCGUGUUUUCUCAUCACUUCCCUGAUUGGAAGAAAAGGAGAAGAAGGAGGACAGAAGUAGCCGGUAAGUUAAGGACGAUUCAGACGAUACAUCAGCUUCCGUCAACGUCAACGGAACGUCACCGUCAGGAUAAGUUACAUGCAGUUAAAUGGAGGCAUUCACACACAACAUCAACGGUACGGAACGUUUUGACGUACGGCACGUGUGAACGGGCACAAGAGGAAAGUAUUAAACUUAUCCUGACGGAACGAUGACGUUCCGUUGACGUUGGCGGAAGCUGAUGUAUCGUCUGAAUCGUCCUUUACACUCAAAAGCAGUUGAAAUCACCUGCGAGAAAGUCUGAAGCUCUUUACCGCAUUGGAUAAUGAACUUUGCAAUGUCUCUGAGUUUAAGUUGUCUCCAUCGUGUGGCAGUAUUGUAAUAAACUUGUACAGUAUUUCAAGAUAAAAGCUUUGUGAACACAUUGCUGUCAAAAGCUUCUAUAACCGACCGCUACGAUCACUUCACCGGUAAAAAACAGCGCACGGAUUCUAAAUAUGCCGAGCUUCAUAGUUGAAUCCAAAUGAAAAUAAAACGCAGAACCUUGGAUGCACCAAUAUAUUGCCUUUCUUUUUUCAAUAUUUUAAAAUGAAUUUCAAUUUCAAAAAUUAUAACCUUGUCCAUAUUAUUCGUAAUCGUAAUAAUUACAAAGUGGCCUAACGGAAUCUCAGAUUAAUUAUCAUAACCAUAACUCAUUUCUUCAAGGGAUUAGUAUUCCAAUCGAUUGGAGUAAAAAGUUCAUAGUAUACAUUUAUCUUAAAUAAAAUGAUAAAUGAAUAGGUUAGGACAAAUUCUGAUAAAAUGAAACAUGAACUCGCGCCAAAUUCGCGAGAUGAGUCAAAGCGAGAACACAAAACGCGUAAAUCCUUGAAACUCGCGAAAUCCGCGCGACCGUAGCAACCCAUGAAAAUGACUCAGCGCGCUAAAUAAUUCGCAUUUCGGAGUAAUUUCAUAGCCUUACCCUAUGUUCAGAAUACAUCACAGGACCAUCAAAUGCUUCAAUCUUCCCCACUACAACCCUGAUUCUUAUCAUUAGACAGGAAAAUUGGCGUUCUAGCGGAAUAAAUCUAUAAUCAUAUAAGUAUUGCCAAAUUCACUAGUUAGCAAUGCAGUCGAUUAGGAAAAAUGGCCAUCCAAUGCGAUAUCGUGUUUCUACUGCUGCUUAGUUUUUCAGUAAUUCCACACAUAGCCUCAAAAACCGUAAGUGGCGGAGACUGGCGGAUCAUAAAUGGGAGAAAUGGUUCCAUCGAGGAAAUCCCUCACAUCGUAUCUAUCCAAAGAAAUGAUACGCACUGGUGUGGUGGAACUAUUUUAACCACAUACUGGAUCCUGUCAGCAGCUCGCUGUGUUCCAAACAUAGAUGUCAGCGAACUAACGGCACUAGUUGGACAAACUAGUCAACGUUCAAAGUCCAAUUCGGUGCACACGAUUUCAAAUUAUCUUAGUCAUCCCGAUUACUCGGCCAAUCGCCACCAUGAUAAUGACAUUGCCGUGGUAAAACUGUCUACAUCGUUGCGUUUCUCGAAGUCAGUACAACCCGUGCGAUUACCACCGGUUUGCUCGGAAGUCGACAAUCAUGGUAUGCUCGCUACGGUGGCAGGAUGGGGGCGAGCUAACGACACGUACAUGCCGGAAAAUCUUAAUCGUCGAUUAUUAUGUCAUCCCAAAUGGGGAAUGCAAGCCAUAUUUCGAAGUUCCGAUCUACGAUACCCAGAUCUGUGCAGUAUUUUCUCACGAUAACAUGAACAUCUGUAGCGUAGGACGACUGAUCAGUUGAAAAUUUUGCAGAAUAACAAAAAAUGGUUCGCAUUUCUAGGGAGACUUUGGUGGUCCGUUGAUGCAUAAUGGUGUUCAAGUUGGGAUCGCAUCUUUUGGUGCAACAGGAUGUACUGGUAGAAUGCCUGGUGUAUUUACUGAAGUGUCAAACUUUGUAAAAUUCAUUUAUAUGCACACCGACCUAGAUCUAAAAGCUGUAAGAUUUAACCCGUGCUCUUCAUUCGGCAAGCCAAUAUGUGAGCGUUGCUUUGAACGUCAAUCUUUGGAAGCUUUUCCUCCCGCUAUACCGGAUGCAGUUUAACAAUAGUAUGGUCUAACAUGAGGUAGAUAAUAAAUUCCUCUUGCAACAUAGUUCUAUAGCGUUUAACGUCAAGUUAGCAAAUAUGCGACAAAUUCUGAAGAAAGGCAAUGUAUCCAGAUAUGAGACACAAGUUUUUGAUGCAAUAGCAAGGAAGGGUAGAGUUUGCCAAAAUUACAGGGUGCGCCAACAUUGAACAACUCUGAACUAUCUCAAUAAAACGAAGCAUUCUGCUAGGGCCGAUAUCGUAAGCAGUAAUAACCAAUCAUCUAAUGCUUUUGUUUGAAUUCUUUUGUUGCAAACCUUUGAC